UCGGAUGAUCCCUGCCCUCCAGUCCACUGGCAGCCGCUGUUGUCCCGCACACACACGGUAACACGGAGGAAACAGGAACACACACACACACACACACACACACACACACACACGCAGUCUUCCAGCAGGAAUCACGGCUGGAUCCAGCCGGGCAGCAGCAGAGCAGCAGCGGGGAGAGAAGUCCUCCAGAGCGGCAGCAGCUCGGGGGGGUUCGUCACUGCUAACAGGCCGGGAGAGGAGCUCCGACUGCCGGGGUGGAGACGCACGCAUUGGCCGGUAACUCACGGGGGUGGUGGUGGUUCGGCCGGAGGGAGACAGACAGAAAGAUGGAGACCUCAGUGUGACCACGUAAACGAAGCUCGGCUCGGGUAAACUAAGCGAAAAGAAACGAUGGCUGAGACGCUGUUUGGUUUCUCGGCCAACAGGCGCAUCGUCGCCGGCCUGCUGGUCAACUUACUCUCCUCCAUUUGCAUCGUCUUCAUCAACAAGUGGAUCUACGUCCACUAUGGUUUCCCCAACAUGACUUUGACCCUCGUUCACUUUGUGGUCACCUGGCUGGGACUCUACAUUUGCCAGAAAAUGGACAUCUUCGCUCCGAAAAGCCUCCCAGUUCGUAGGAUCGUGUGGCUGGCUCUGAGCUUCUGUGGGUUCGUGGCCUUCACCAACCUUUCCCUGCAGAAUAACUCGAUAGGAACGUACCAGCUGGCUAAAGCCAUGACCACGCCCGUCAUCAUCCUCAUCCAGACCACCUACUACAAGAAGACCUUCUCCACCAAGAUUAAACUGACACUGGUUCCCAUAACAUUAGGGGUCAUAUUGAACUCGUACUACGAUGUGCGGUUCAACGUGCUGGGGACAGUGUUUGCAACGCUCGGUGUUCUCGUGACCUCUCUUUACCAAGUGUGGGUCGGGGCUAAACAACAUGAGCUCCAGGUGAACUCUAUGCAGCUUCUGUACUAUCAGGCUCCUCUGUCCUCCGUCUUCCUGCUCUGCGUCGUUCCUCUGUUUGAGCCUCUGACUGGAGACGGAGGAAUAUUUGGACCGUGGUCUCUGCCUGCUCUGGCGACAGUCCUGUUUUCGGGUGUGGUGGCGUUCCUGGUCAACCUGUCCAUCUACUGGAUCAUUGGGAACACCUCGGCUGUCACCUACAACAUGUUUGGUCAUUUCAAAUUCUGCAUCACUCUAAUUGGAGGAUACCUGCUUUUCCACGACCCACUGUCACUCAAUCAGGCACUGGGGAUCCUGUGCACUCUGGCAGGCAUCCUGUCUUACACUCAUUUCAAGCUGAUCGAACAGGAGGAGGGGAAGAGCCGGCUGGCUCAAAGACCAUAGGCCGACUCACCUGUCAAUCAACUGCACAGACUCGUGCCAUUGGCUGCUGACAGUGUGACCGGCUGCAGAGACCCUUUUUUAUAUCUAUUUUUUAUUUUCUGAGUAUUUUUGUAGGAGAGUAAGGCAUUUCAUCGAUGGCUAAGGGGAACUGAAGGUCAUCGCAGACGACAGAUGGACUUUUUCAGCUGCUAAGAUGAAAAUGAAACGUGACGUUAACGUAAUGACACUACAAACCAGAAAAUAACAUUUAAAGGUACAACUUUUUCUUUAAGAACAGCGUUUACAGGACGUCAAAUUCAGCUUCAUUUCUUCCCAGAAGUCCCUGCUGCUUGUGGCAUGUUUAUAUUGAUUGGAUGACCUUUGGUACAUUUCGGUGGGUUUGGUUUCCUCGCAAAUUAAUCAAAAGGAAACUCAAAAGUUGAGUCAGUGUAGAGUGGACUUCUUUUAACCUGUAAUAACCUUAUUGGAUUUGUCAAACAAGUUGUGUUUACCUACUGUUUCUGGACCCUGAACAGUCCAGUAAACCCGUUCUGUCAGGUCCGGUCUAUAAGGGAUGUUUUGGCUUUAAAGUGGCACCACCGUCUGUCCACUGUUUUACACUACGGCCACUUGCCAAAGGGAAAAAAGCGGCUGUGUUUAAAUCAACAUAUUUUUUUUUGCAGUGUGUCGUGAAUUUCUAUCAUAUUUCUAGACAAAUCUCUCCUUUUUAACAUACCUCGACAUUCACUUAGAACAUUAAUCCAACUAUUUUCAAACUUAAUUCACCUGAAAACCAAUCGACCAGUAUUUUACACGAAUGUUGAACCUAAGAACAAAUCGCUCCGCCAAUCAAAAGAUAAUUUCGAGGUGGCGUGAUGAGUGAACCAGAGUGUCGGCUAACGCACUGGCCAGCCAGAAGCAUGCGAGUACUAUACUACUCUUUAUUGUUGUGUUUACUCCUCGCUGAUGUUUUCUUCUCAGGAUUUCACAUCAUUUUAUUCAAUAAAGAGUUAUUGAAGAUUUUAAAUCCAUGAGCUAACCGGCUUUGCUAAGCUUUUUAGCUCAGUUGCUAACGCGACAAAAACGGCUUCAUUAAAAGACGUUAACACUUAAUUAACUGUCUGUAAAUGGUUUUACCCAUUCGUGGAGCAGUUUGUACUCUGAAUCAAAAUAAAAUUGAAUGAACGGCUAAUAGCGUAAGCUAACAGGCUUGAUAACGUUAGCAGGCUUGUUAGCUCGGUUGCUAACGCGACAAAAUUAAUUAAUUCAAAGGACUCGUUAACUGUCUGACGUCUCUUUCUACGAGAAGAGAACGGGGCUAAAUAAAAGCCAAUAAGCUACAAUAGCUUCCUCUAUUUGGCAUUUUCCUUCAAGUGUAAACAGUUUUCACAAAUCUGCCUUUUUACAUCGGGUUAGUGACUUUAUUAGAAUCUGGUGAUUUAAAAUCGAUUUUUCUCGUUUUACACUGAGUGUUAAAGGUCUACAGCAUUUCAGUUCUUAGUUUUAGGCUGCUCUUUGUCUCACGGUGUUAAUUUGAAAAUGUUUUUAUUUUAUUAAGAAACCAUUUCAGGUGGGAUACCUCCAGGACGCGGCGUGAUCCAUUGUUAACAAAUGUAAACUACAGUCAGUCGUUUCACUGCUGGAAAACUGUGCGACAGGCGCUUUCAUUUCACUUCAUUGUGUUGAACGUGAUCAGUCUGCUGAAUAAACGAUGAUUUAGUAACUUUA